CACAUCUUGAUUCUUCCGCCACUCUUAGAGGGGGUUGCCACUUUGUAGUUUAUUAUUAGUCUCAGCUCCGGCCCGUCUCCUCAUCUCACUUUUGCCCUUCCAGUCGCCUUCUUGGUUUAUUGUGUUAUUGUUCUUUACCCUCCUCUGAUUUUGUCUCCUUCACUUUGGAUUUGAUCAGACACCACUGCAGGUCACUUUUUAUCCCAGUUUUCCCUCCCCAACUCCUGGGGAUCUGCUUUUCAUCCUCGAUCCUCCCUUCACUGGUGCUGUGCACAAUGGGGAAGACAGAGCUCCACUAUGUGUACAAAACCUUUCUGGACUGCCUUUGCCUCUGCUUGUCACGAGGAAAUGCCGAAGCAACAGUCGAGAGUGACAGGGACGCAGAGAAUGGCCACCUGGUCUACAAAAACGGGGACAUCCUCGAGGACCGUUAUGAGAUCCUGGACACAUUAGGCGAAGGGACCUUUGGGAAGGUGGUGCAAUGUUUGGACAACAGCAGAAAUGGCCGUCAAGUAGCUCUGAAGAUCAUUAAGAACAAGAAGAAGUACAGAGAAGCAGCCAAGCUGGAGAUCAACGUGCUGGAAAAAAUUAGCCAGAAAGAUAAGCAGAAACUGUACCACUGUGUGCAGAUGCUGGACUGGUUCAACUACUACGGGCACAUCUGCAUCUCCUUCGAGCUGUUGUCCCUCAGCACCUUCGAUUUCCAGAAAGGCAACAACUUUCUGCCUUACCCGAUCCACCACAUCCGACACAUGGCUCAGCAGAUUUGCCGCGCCGUCAGCUUUCUCCAUGACAACAGGCUGACUCACACCGACCUGAAGCCAGAAAACAUCCUUUUUGUCAACUCUGACUACUCUGUCAUAUACAAUACUGACAAGAAGUGCAACGAGAGGCGAGUCAACGACACCACCGUGCGCGUUGUUGAUUUUGGUAGCGCUACAUUUGACCUCGAACACCACUCGACGGUUAUCUCCACACGUCACUACCGAGCCCCUGAGGUCAUACUCGAGUUGGGUUGGACUCACCCUUGCGAUGUGUGGAGUAUCGGCUGCAUCCUGUUUGAAUAUUAUAAAGGAUUCACGCUGUACCAGACACAUGACAAUAAGGAGCAUCUUGCUAUGAUGGAGCAAAUCCAUGGACCGAUUCCUCAGAGAAUGGUUCAAAGGAGCAGAAAGCAGAACUAUUUCUACUGCGGCCACCUUAACUGGAACGAGCGCUCCAAAUCUGGACGCUAUGUCAAAGCCAAGUGCAAACCUCUCCGGAAGUACCUGUUGUCACAGGGAAGAGAACACCAACUGUUUUUUGACCUUGUGGACAGGAUGAUGGAGUACGAGCCCUCCAAACGCAUCUCACUUUCCUCCGCCCUGAAGCAUCCUUUCUUUCUAGAACCCCAACAGUCCGCUCGGGGUCAGUCAGAAAUCGCUGCAUUAUGGGACCAUGGUUCCUGCCUUGGGAACAAAGAUGUUCACUGGUAAUAUUAUGGAAUACUAAACACAGUGGUACACUGAAACUAUAACGUGAAACACUGCAGUCUGUUAACUGGUUGACCAGAAGGGACUUUUCUGGAAACAAUAGGAAAGACACAGGACACUGUUAUGUGGUUAUGCCAUGAUGUCCUGCUAUUUAUGGAGUAGGUCCUGUGUUCGUUAUGCGGCAUGCAGUGGAAACUCGAACCAUGUCGGCGUUCAACUCAUCGUAGUAGUACCAUGACUAAAGUGCGAUGACUAGACUGGCCUGCUAUGAAAAGGUUUGGUGCAUUAUGAAGCGCAAAAUAUGACAAAGGGAGACCCUGGGUUCCUGCUUAAUUCCUCCUAAAACAAUUUGUGUUUAGUUUUCAAAUGAUUAUUAUGUGUUCAUAAAAGCAAAAGCAAGGGAUUGGGCAAACAUGACCACCAGUAAAAGAAUACCCUCGGAGCAAUAUUUUCCACGUACUGCACACAUCCGUGUUGUUUAAUACGUUGUUGUUUGACUUUGAGAUGUAAUGUUGUUUUCUUGAAUUUGUAGGCGCUUGCCUCCCCUUCAAUGUGUUUUGUAUUGAACUCUGUUUUUUUCUUGGAGUCACGGUGGCUCAGCUGGUAAAGCGUUGGCCUCACAGUUCUGAGGACCGGGGUUCAAAUCCCAGCCCUGCCUUUCUCGAAUUUGCACGUUCUCCCCGUGCCUAUGUGGGUUUCCUACCCGUUUCUCCGGUUUCCUCCCACAUCCCAAAAACAUGCAACAUUAAUUGGACACUCUAAAUUGCCCCUAGGUGUGAUUGUGAGGGUGGCUGUUUGUCUCUAUGUGCCCUCCGAUUGACUGGCAACCAGUUCAGGUGUACCCCGCCUCUUGCCCAUUGACAGCUGGGAUAGACUCCAGCACUCCCCUUGUGAGGAUAAGUGGCUAAGAAAAUGGAUGGUUGGAUAUUUUUUUUUUCCAUGAGUCAACACUGCUGUUUUUUUUUUUUUUUUUUUUUGGGGGGGGGAUACACACAUACUAUACUGUAUAUACACACACGGAUACUGAUUGCUCACCUCGCUGCCAUUGACUUUGGCAUCUUGAUGGAGUGCAGACAGCACAGUGAAGGCCGCCAAUGUGUGUUCUUGCCUCCAACCUUGGUCGGUCUGAGUUUUAAUGAGUGGGUGGCUGGUAUGCUGAUCCGGUUCUCGUCUUUUCCCGGGAACACGAUUAGCAGGUUUAAUGUGAAUGCAUUCAAUUGAGGGUGGCACAGUCAUCAGGUUCAGAGUAUGAAUGUUUUGAGUUUGCACAGAGUUUCGGUCUGUGCUUGCGUGGACUCUGCCUCCAUCCCACAUUCCCAACAAGGUCAUUGGGUUAAUUGAAGACUAGACCGUAUUUGAGAAUAUGAGUCCAAAUCGGGUGAGCAAACUCCGGCCUAUGGGCCACAACUAGCCCGUUGACCAUCUCGAUGCGGCCUGCCAAACAUCGAGAAUUGCCAUAAUCAUAGCAACAUCAUGACUAUAUCCAUUUGACCUCGUCUGUAAUGCUGAGAGGUUCCACCAAGUAGCAAAAUAGAUACAGAGAUACAUUGACUGGAAUGUUUAGACAAUUUUUUUUAAUCACUCAUAUCUCAAGCUACCACUGUUUGUUGAAAUGACAUCUCAACUGAAACAGUUUGUUUUAUUUAUUGAUUUAUUUAUCUAUCCAGUCAUUUAUUUAUUAUUUAUUUAUUUUAGGUUGAAUGAAUAUAUGCUCUAUAUGUAUGUUAUAAGAAUAAAUACUAUAAAUAAGAAAACAUUAAAUGCUCAUAUGGUGUAUGACAACAUUGUAUUAUAAGAUGAUUAGCACACGUGCCUGUAAUGUGUACUUUGCUGUGUCAUGCUCUCCACGGUCAGCACGUGCGCAAUCGCUCACUCGUCCCGGCGGGUUAGGUCACGCUAAGUCACCUUAAGGAGCUGACAUCAGUUAGCCUGAUUACAGUAUUUUGGAAUCCUCACUUGGUGGCCUCCUCACAUCCAUUUUCUCACACAUUUAGCUGGAGUGCGUGUGUGUCAUACGCUUGCUUAUGAACGCUGUGCGGGCACGUGUUGGACGCUGAUCCACAGGAGAAUCCUUUAAGUAGCUCUUUUUUGUGCACUCGCGUGGAAAGCUGUGGUUACACUUUCAUACGCACAGAACGUGCAGUGUACUCAUCAUUAGACUAAUCGGCAUGACACGAUUCAGCCUUUUUUUUUUCUUAGUCAACUACAGUUUCCGUCUACAGUUCAGUUGUAUUUAACCUAAGUGUCAUUAUUAUAUGUACAUUUAACUGUUUAAAAAUUUUUAAGCUUUUUGUUUUCAUAUGCAAUACAUUUUAUUGCGCAACAUGGAGAAUGUCACAUGACCAAGCCCAAAAGACAAGUUAGUUUAAUGUUUAUGUACGCUGCGAUAACGACUUGAUGACAUGAUGGUUUGAAGCCUUAUUAUGUUUUCUUCAUGGCUGUUGUAUUCUGACAGUUUUGUUCUACAAAUGUGAUCUAUAUAAACACAAACUGUUUAAACCUU